AUGCGUGAGCAAAGCAGAAAGUGGCGGGAAGCGUGGUAUCAGAGACGGGACUCCUUGUCCCUGAGCCCUAGCAGUCUUCGGAUGCGGUGGCAGGCGGCCCUGGAGAUCACUGCUCGCUACUGUGGCCGGGAACUGGAGCAGUAUGGCCAGUGUGUGUCAGCCAAGCCUGAGUCCUGGCAGCGGGACUGCCACCACCUCAAGAUGAGCAUUGCUCGCUGCACAUCCUCACACCCAAUCAUCCGCCAGAUCCGCCAGGCCUGUGCUGAGCCUUUCCUGGCCUUUGAGGCAUGUCUGCAACAGAACGAGGCAGCGGUGGGCAACUGUGCAGAGCACAUACGCCGCUUCCUACAGUGUGCCGAGCAGGUGCAGCCUCCACGUUCACAUGAAACCUUGGAGGCUCAGCCGCUUCCUGCCUCUUGA